UCUUCUUCUCUGAUUCAAACAAUUAUUCAAGAUGACCAUUCUUACUUCACAAAUGUCACUCUUUUUGCUUCUACUUUUAUCUAUAACAACAUUCCACAAAACCAUGUGCAGCAAUCACACAGUGGUUCGAUGCAAUGAGAAAGAUCAAGAGACACUGUUAACCUUCAAACAAGGCAUCAAUGAUAGUUUUGGUCGGAUAUCAACGUGGUCAACCGAAAAAGAUUGUUGUGCUUGGAGAGGUGUCCACUGUGACAACAUUACCGGAAGAGUUACAAAACUUGAUAUCAGCUACAAUCAAUUGGAAGGUGAGAUGAAUCUUUGUAUUCUAAAACUUGAGUUUCUUAGUUACUUGGAUUUGAGUGUGAAUGAUUUUGAUGUGAUAAGAAUUUCAUCCAUUCAACACAAUAUCACACAUUCAUCUAAACUUCUCUACCUUGACUUAUCGUACAACUAUCCUAUUCUGCACAUGAAUAAUCUUGAUUGGCUUUCUUCCCUUUCUUCCUUAAAAUAUCUCAACCUUACUGAAAUUGAUCUUCAUAAGGAAACCAACUGGUUUCAAGCAGUGAAUUCACUUUCUUCACUAUUAGAAUUACAGUUGCGUGAAUGUAACUUGAACAAAUUCCCAUCUGUUGAGUAUUUCAAUUUAUCUUCACUUGUAACUCUUGAUCUUUCUGGAAACAAAUUCACCUCUUAUUUACCAAAUUGGCUUCAAAUAGUGAAUUCACUUCCUUCACUAUUAGAAUUAAAGUUGAGUGGGUGCAGCCUGAACAACUUCGUGAUUAAUCCAUCUAUUCAGUAUUUAAAUUUGUCUUCACUUGUAACUCUUUAUCUUUCAGAUAACGAUUUCACCUCUCACUUACCGGAUGGGUUUUUUAAUCUCACCAAAGAUCUCACCUCUCUUUACCUUUCGUUUAACAAUAUUCAUGGGGAGAUACCUUCUAGCUUGCUAAACCUUCAAAAUUUGAGACACCUUGAUCUCUCUUAUAACCAACUACAAGGAUCAAUUCCAGAUGGAAUAGGAAACCUCUCAUCCUUAAGUUACCUAUCUAUUGGUUCUAAUAAUUUCUCUGGUGAAAUUUCAAAAUUAACUUUUUCCAAACUCUCUAGUUUAGAUUGGCUCGACUUGAGCAAUUCAAAUUUUGUAUUCAAAUUUGAUAUGGAUUGGGUUCCUCCUUUUCAACUCUCUCACCUUUCAUUGAAAAAUACAACUCAAGGCCCACAGUUUCCAUCUUGGAUAUAUACCCAAACGUCACUACAAUCUCUCGACUUAUCGAGCUCGAGAAUUGCGUUGGUAGAUAGAAAUAAGUUCUUGAGCCUUAUAGAAAGAAUACCCAAUGAACUUAGUUUGUCAAACAAUUCGAUUGCUGAAGACAUAUCUAACCUAACACUAAAUUGUUCCAUCUUAUUCUUGGAUCACAAUAAUUUCGUAGGAGGACUCCCAAACAUAUCACUAAUUGCCCAAAUAGUUGAUUUGUCUUACAACUCCUUCUCAGGAUCAAUUCCGCAUAGUUGGAAGAACUUGAAAGAACUGAGAGUCAUGAACCUGUGGAGUAAUAGGUUGUCAGGGGAACUUCCAUUGUACUUCUCUAACCGGAAACAAUUGGAAACCAUGAACUUAGGAGAAAAUGAAUUUUCUGGAACCAUACCAAUCAUGAUGUCACAAAACUUAAAAGUGGUCAUAUUGAGAGCUAAUAAAUUUGAAGGGACUAUUCCGCAACAACUAUUCAAUCUCUCUUAUUUGAUUCACUUAGACCUUGCACAUAACAAACUUUCUGGUUCUAUGACAAAGUGUGUCUACAAUUUGACUCGUAUGGUUACUAUUCAUGAAACUUCUUUGUUUACUACCACAAUUGAGUUUUUUACAAAAGGUCAAGAUUACGUUUCGAGAAUCCAACAAGAAAGGCGAACUAUUGACCUUUCAGCGAAUAACUUGUCUGGAGAAGUGCCAUUGGAAUUUUUUCAGCUUGUUCAAGUUCAAACGUUAAACUUAUCUCACAAUAAUUUUGUUGGAACAAUACCGAAGACGAUUAGAGGCAUGAAAAAUAUGGAAUCUCUCGAUCUAUCUAAUAACAAGUUUUUUGGUGAAAUUCCUCAAGGCAUGUCUCUCUUAACCUUUUUGGAUUAUUUGAAUUUAUCAUAUAAUAAUUUUGACGGAAGAAUCCCGAUCGGAACGCAACUUCAAAGUUUUAAUGCAUCGAGCUACAUUGGCAAUCCUAAAUUAUGUGGAGUUCCUCUUAAUAAUUGUACCACGGAAGAAGAAAAUCCUAAAAAUGCAGAGAAUGAAGAUGAUGAAUCUAUAAGAGAGUCGUUGUAUCUAGGCAUGGGAGUUGGAUUUGCAGUAGGUUUUUGGGGGAUUUGUGGUUCUAUGUUUCUUAUUAGGAAAUGGAGGCAUGCGUACUUUCGGUUAGUUGAUACAGUGUGUGACUAUCUUUAUGUUACUUUGAUAGUAAAGUUAAAUAGCUUUCGCUGAACCUGAGGCUAGUUAAACCUAUCUCACAGUUUCAUUGAUUUGACUGUAGAGUAUUUUAUGAUUCAUAAUUUAACACAUGACAAGUUUAGUUGAUUAUGCAC